ACAAUGUUGUCAUUGACUUCGCCCGCGCUUACCGCCUGCAGCCGUGCGUGAUUGACUGCCAGCAAUCUGAUCCAGUGAAAGACAUUGACAACCAAUAGGAAACGGAGUGCGCCUUGUUUCCAUGGGAGGCCCCGGGAGGCGAUGCCAAGCCGCUAGAAAGCAACAGAGUGAGCGGGGAGAGGCGCAGGCAGCAGCCGGGACUGUGGAGAUCCUGCAGCCGCUCUGUAGCGCUCUGCAGAUGAAAGCGGCGCGAAGUUGGUAGGGUGGCCGGACAGGAGGCUGGAGACUUUGCUGAUUGCUCGCCCAUUAAAGCCACAACAGUGCAGAAUGGAUGGAUUUCACGACCAGCAAGUGCCUUACUGUAACUCCACAAAGCAGCGAGAAAAGACAACGAGCUGCGAAAGGCCAGCAAAUGACAGAAAAAGAAAAUUCAUUAAGUCCGACCUGGCUCUGGACACUGAAGAGCUCUUCCAGGACCUCAGUCAGCUGCAGGAGACUUGGCUAGCAGAAGCUCAAGUUCCCGACAACGAUGAGCAGUUCGUUCCGGAUUUCCAGACUGAAAACUUGGCUUUCCACGGACUGCAGCUGAAGAUCAAGAGAGAGCUGCACAGCCCGUGUUCAGAGCUGAGCUCCAACUGCAGCCAGGAGCGGCCCUUCAAACUCCAGUAUGGAGAGAAGUGCCCGUACAGCAUCAGUGCCUAUGAGCAGAAGCAGCCCACAGGAAUGAAGCCCUCCAGCCCAGUGACGCCCCCCUGUAGCACCCCUGUGUCCCCCCUUCAUCAUGGCUCACCCACGGCAGCCCCGACACCCAAACCAGACAGGACCUACGCCCACAUACCGGCCUCGCAGCCUCUCCCUGAUAACGCCUACACUAUGGACCACAGAUUUCGGCGUCAGCUCUCUGAGCCUUGCCACUCGUUUCCCUCCCCGCCGACGAUGGCUCGGGACGGCCGGCCCAUCUACCACAGGCAGAUGUCAGAGCCCAACAUCCCCUUCCCUCCUCAAGGCUUCAAACAGGAGUACCCCGACCCCCUCUUCGAGCACCCGGCCAUGAUGGGGGCCCCUCUUCCCCACACGUACCCAGCCAGCAUGAUGAUCAAGCAGGAGCCGAGGGACUUCACCUAUGACUCAGCAGAAGUGCCUAGCUGCCAUUCUGUCUACUUACGGCAAGACGGCUAUCUGGCUCACACUAACAGGACUGAAGGUUGUAUGUUUGACAAAGUGGCGAGGCACUUCUACGACGACACCUGCGUGGUGCCUGAAAAGGUGGAAGGUGACAUCAAGCAGGAGUCAGGCCUGUACCGCGAGGGCCCGUCGUACCAGCGCAGAGGCUCGCUACAGCUCUGGCAGUUCCUGGUGGCUUUGCUGGAUGACCCGUCCAACUCCCAUUUCAUCGCCUGGACCGGCCGCGGCAUGGAGUUUAAACUCAUCGAGCCAGAAGAGGUGGCACGUCGGUGGGGCAUACAGAAGAACCGGCCGGCAAUGAAUUAUGACAAACUCAGCAGAUCAUUGCGCUACUACUAUGAGAAGGGAAUCAUGCAAAAGGUGGCCGGUGAGAGAUACGUGUACAAGUUUGUGUGCGACCCCGAGGCCUUGUUCUCCAUGGCGUUUCCUGACAAUCAGCGGCCGGUGCUGAAGACCGACAUGGAGCGGCAGAUCAACGAGGAGGACACGGUGCCGCUGUCACACUUUGAUGAGAACAUGGCCUACGUACAGGAGGGACCCUACUGCCAGCCGCAUCCCUACAGCGAGGGCUACGUUUAUUAACGCCAGCCCCACAAAACCCACACCUUCACCCUGCCCUCCUCCCACCCGCCUCCUCCGUACACCUGAGACUGUCGUGUCCUCUAACUCACAGCCGCUCGGGGAAUAAGACUGAACACACGCACGCAGCGGCGCUUCCCUUCCCCUCUGUCUGUCUCAAACAAACACACACACACACACACACACGUCCUUUU